CAACUGUUCAAUAUAAAUAUAGGAAUCAACAAAUCUAAUUUGUUCAAGUUCCAUUAUAGAAUUAAUAUAAUUUAUUGAAACUCAAAGCAAACAAAGAGAGAAACAAUAAUUACAAGAACAACUAUUACAAAUGGUGUCUACCUUGCAAUCAUAUAUCUAUGAAGAUUUGCAUCCAAAAAUUGAAAAACAGGAUACUCCAGAAUCAAAGCUUCUGAUUGUUCACAUUCCCAAUGGUUUUGCAAGAGAAGAUAUUGGUGCUAAAGUUGAGUAUGAUUUUGGAAGGAUCAGAGUUUUUGGUGAAAGAUCAAUUGGAUCAAAUAAAAUGCUACGUUUCAAUGAAAAGUAUCAAGUUCCAUCACAUUGUGAUAUUGGCAAUAUUAAAGGUAAAUUUGAUGGAAAAAUUGUCACUAUUACAAUACCAAAAAUCCCAGGUAAAAUUCCAGAACCUGAACCAGAACCAGAACCAGAACCAGAACCUGAACCAGAACCAGAACCAACCGAAGAAAAUAAUAACGAUGUUGAGGAGGUAAAUAAUCAACAAAACACUUAUGAUCAAGCUCCUAAAUCAAAUGUUAAAAGUAAAGAAGAUCAAACUCCACAAGAAGCUCAAAAUGUGACCGUGCCGCAAAAAGAUCAAGUUACAAAGGUUGAUAACAUGGGAGAGGUUUAUAAUGAGGCUCCAACCUCACAAGAAACCACACACGAGCCGAUAUCUCAAAAGGGUGAAGAUGAAAUUUCCCAUAAAGAGUCUGUAACUCAAAAAGAUCAAGAAGUUUCUCAAAAAGAGUCUAUACCUCACAAGGGUCAAGAAGAAAUUUCUCAAAAGGAAUCUUUACCUCAAAAGGAUCAAGAAGAAAUUUCUCAAAAAUCUCAAGUUACAAAAGUUGAAAGUAAGGAAAAAACUUUUCAUGAGACUUCAACUCAACCAGAAGGCACAUAUGAGUCUAUGCCUCAAAAGGGUGAAGAUCAAGGAACUGUCAAUAAAGCUACAGAUACAAAAGAUGCAAAACUUCAAACAGAAGAAAACACAUCAAAUCCAAAAGAUGAGAAUAAAGAAGAGAAAAAGAUCGCAAAAGAGGAAACUAAGGACUAUCUUAAGAAAACUAUAGAAGAAACCAAGGAAGAAAGUAAAGGAUCUGUCACAGAAGAAACCCUUCCUCCAAAGAAAACAUUCAAAGAGAAGGGAAAGGAAAUGAUCAAUGAUAAAUUUGGUGAUGAUGAGAAAAAGAGUGACAAAAAGGGCAUUCAUGAAUCAACAAGGACAAGAAUCAAAGACAUGGCUUUAUCUACUACUCAAGCUGUAACUAAUUAUGCAAAGAGGUUCAGUGAAGAAGAUAAACAGAAGCUAAUAUAUACUGGUGCAACAAUUCUUGUGGUUGCACUUGGUGUUUAUGCUUCCUAUAAGUAUCGUUCAUCGCGAAGAUCAUAGGAAAUUUGCAUAUCUAUUUCCUUUGACAUGGUUUUUACAGAUAUAUUUCGUUUCAAAAGAUAUUGUAGAAUAAGAAUGUCAAACUCGCUGUCAAAAAAAAAAAAAAGAAUGUCAAACUCUAUUGGUGAAUCAUGAUCAAGUUGAAAUAUUUCUAAGAUUUUCUUUACUACCCUAUGUAUCAUACUUGACAAAUAAAUGCAAUUUGUAUUGAGCAACAAAUACAUUUG